AUGGAACGGGAAGAUAAUCAGGGUGUGUGUGAACACUGGCAUUCUGAACGUAGAGGCAUGGGUUCUGACUUCGAGAACUCUGAGGAGCGAGAAGGGGACCCAGAAGAAGGAGCAAUGGGCUGUGACCCACAGGACACAGAAGAGAGAGGCCCCCUGGAGCAGGAGAGGGACUCCAACCCACAGAAGGAUGACCUAAGAGGGGACUCACAAGACAGGGAAAUAGUGUCCACUGUCUGUUCAGAGAAGCUGAGCGAGCAAGAAGGGGCUGUUCUCGGUGAGGGAGAGGACGACCAGUCUGGUAUGGCUGACGUGGCGCUGUUCCCAGGACUGUCAGAAUCCGACAGCAUAUCCCGGAGUCCCCGGGGCGAGGAAGAAGAGGAGGAAGAAGAGGAAAGCUCGGGGGAGAACCGGUUGAUAGAGGAGGAAGAAGAGCAGUUGUCUGCCCCAGUGCUUCCCUGGAGGCGUCAUCUCUCCCUGGGCGGGCGACACCGGGGUGACAAGCCUGCUCAUCGCCGCUUCCACCGGCUCCAUCACCCCAUGGCCGUGGACCUCGGGGAACUCGACAGCCUGAUGGCCAGCAUCAUGGACGCGCCCACCAUCUGCCCGGACUGCGGGGAGAGCUUUAGCCCGGGCGCUGCAUUCGUGCAGCACCAGCGUAUCCACCGCCUGGCCGAGGCCGCGGCAGUGGCCAGCUUGGAACCCUUCGGUUUGGGGGGCGAUUGCGGAGGGGUGGUGGGGAUGAUGGGCGUGGGCGUGACCGGCGGCUUCGGGGCGGGGCCUACGCUGACACGGGCCCCUCGGGAGAAGCCCUUCCGCUGCGGGGAGUGCGGCAAAGGCUUCAGCCGCAACACCUAUCUGACCAACCACUUGCGGCUGCACACGGGCGAGCGGCCCAACCUGUGCACCGACUGCGGCAAGAGCUUCAGCUGGCGUGCAGACCUGCUCAAGCACCGGCGCCUGCACACGGGCGAGAAGCCCUACCCGUGCCCCGAGUGCGGCGAGGCCUUCAGCCUCAGCUCGCACCUGCUCAGCCAUCGGCGUGCGCACGCGGCGGCCAGCGGGGCGGGCUCGGCGGCGCUGCGGCCCUUCGCGUGCGGGGAGUGCGGCAAGGGGUUCGUGCGCCGCUCACACUUGGCCAACCACCAGCGCAUCCACACAGGCGAGAAGCCGCACGGCUGCGGCGAGUGCGGCAAGCGCUUCAGCUGGCGCUCGGACCUGGUGAAGCACCAGCGCGUGCACACGGGCGAGAAGCCCUACAUGUGCUCCGAGUGCGGCGAGACCUUCAGCGUGAGUUCGCAUCUCUUCACGCACAAGCGCACGCACUCGGGCGAGCGGCCCUACGUGUGCCGCGAGUGCGGCAAGGGCUUUGGCCGCAACUCCCACCUGGUCAACCACUUGCGUGUGCACACGGGCGAGAAGCCCUUCCGCUGCGGCCAGUGCGAGAAGCGCUUCAGCGACUUCUCCACGCUCACGCAGCACCAGCGCACGCACACGGGCGAGAAGCCCUACACGUGCAUCGAGUGCGGCAAGAGCUUCAUCCAGAGCUCCCACCUCAUCCGCCACCGCCGCAUCCACACCGGCAACAAACCUCACAAGUGCACCGGCUGUGGCAAGGGCUUCCGCUACAAGACGCACCUUGCGCAGCACCAGAAGUUGCACCUGUGCUAGGGCAGGGAUCCGAAGGAGGCUACCCUGAGAAUAGUCGGCCUGGUUACUGAUCCUGUAGAUGUUGGGGGA